AUGACGGUCGCCAAGGCAGCGACGAUCAUGAAAUGCCAGGAGAAGCUCAAACAGGAGCGGAGCACCGUCACAGUGGCGUGGGGAAAGCAGCACGAUCGGCACGGCCGGGCGUCCCCGCCCAUCGUCUGGGCCGGCACGACCUUCGAGGCGCCCGCGCUCCGGCUCCUUGGCUCGGGGGGGGCAGAGCUCCCGGAGGCCCGCGAGGCGCGGCUCUGCGUUUGCGCGGCCGCGGUCAAGUCCAUUCCCAAGUUCUGCGCCUUUAUCAACGACAUGGGCGCGAACCCGCGGUGGACGAAGGAGUCCGCGAGGAAAUGCAUGCUGAUCUACCGGGCCCUGGAGCGCGAGUUCUUGGAGCAGAACCCGGACUGCGCGCGCCCGCCGGCGGACGGGCUCUACUACUUCGAGCGCGUCGACUUCUUCGCGCGCUUCGUCGACUUCCACGAGCCCCAGCACGGCGAGCGGAAUCAGCGCGAGCUCUUCCAGUUCAUCGAAGAAUUGAACGACGCCGAGGAGCUGGAACGGGCCGGGCAGGAAGAGGGCUCGCGGGACGGCCCGGACGAGGAGCCGGCGGCCGCGAUCGGCGCGGAGACCGCGGAGCUGGGCGCGGUCGUCGAAGAGACGGGGGCCGUCGCCGUCGUCGCGAGCCAUGCCGCGGAGGCGGCCGAGGCGGCCGUGGCCGCUCAAAACGCGGAGCGCGAGCUCCAGCACCAAGCGGAGCUCGAGGCGCGGCGCGCGGCGGCGGCGGCCGACAUCGCGCGGCGCGACCAGGAGCUCAAAGCGUUGGCGGCGUCGAAGGAGGCCGCGCUCGAGGAAGUCGCCAUGCUCAAGGAACGCAUCGCGGCCGUGGAGGGAGGCGUGGCCGCGCACAAGCAGGAGCUGGACGUCGCGCGGCAGCGCCUCGAGAAGGAGCGCGCGGAGCUCGAGGCCGAGCGGAAGACGCGCGAGGACGCGGAGUCGGAGCGGCGCGGCGAGAUGCAGCGCGGCCACGCCCUCGAGCUCGAGGCGGUGAAGCGCGCCGCGGCGGACGAGGCCGAGCCGGGCGUCGAGUACUUGCACGCGCACGGGAUCCUCCACUUGGACCUCAAGCCAAAAAACGUGCUCUGGUUCCAGAGCGAGACCACGGGCGAGGACCUCUUCAAGCUGUGCGAUUUCGGCUCCGCGCGGGAGUACUCCUCGAGCGACGUCGAAUUCACCGGGGCGGGCACGCCCCCGUUCCAGCCGUUCGCGGCCAUCGAGGCGCGAUUCGACGGUCCAUCCUGGGACGUCUUCGCCGUCGGCGUCAUGAUCUACAUCUUCGCUUUCGCGCAGCCCGUCGGGGGCUACGACGACGACAGCGUCAGCUUCGCGGACGUCAUCGACGAGUUCACGUUCGUCGGCAUGUGGCCCGAGCUCACAAAGCGCUUGAGCUCCGAGGACCCGGAUGACGUCUAUAACUUUCUGCGGGACGACGAUUGCGACGCGGAAGAGGAGCGCGACGCCAUCAACGAUGCCAUCAACCGCGACCGGGCCCAAAUGGUCGCGCAGAAGGUGGACGAGGUCCUCGGGGCCGCGAGUCCGACCGAGCCGAGCAACGAGCUGCUGAGCGCGCUCGGCCGCAUCGCGAUUGUCGCCUGCAGUGAGAAGGACGCGGACCGGCCGAGUGCGAUCGUCGCCUACCGGGAACUCCUCGCCGCGGUGACGAUGCAAAGCGACCGGGCCCUCGACAAUCGCGAAGCCGAGGCCGCCGCCGCCACCGCCGCCACCGCCGCGAGGGACGCCGAGGCCGCAACAGACGCGCCCGAAGCCAGAGCUCCGAGAGCCGCGAAGAAGAAGAAGACGUCCAAGAAGCGCACCGCGUUGGCGAACGUGGAGAACCGCGGCUAG